AUUCCGUCAGUCGAUCUGUUGCUGACUUUAGACAUCCUACCCGACAGCAAAACAUACGUUCACCGCGUCGGUCGUACCGCGCGAGCAGGAAAGUCCGGCGUAGCUAUCUCGGUCGUGACGCAGUACGAUAUUGAGAUUUACCAGCGGAUCGAGAAGGCACUGGGCAAGGGACUCGAGCAGCAUCCUACUGAG